CGAACCACUGCGCAGUCCCGUCGAGACUUCACACACUGUGGCCGUCGCAGGCGCAUUCGCAGACACAUUCGCGCGGGAAACUUGCGCCGGCGCAUAACGUGUUGACUCCGAGCUUUCGUUAGUGCUGUGAUAGAAAAUUAUUUUGAAGUGUUUUUUAUUAGACUAUCGGAAUUGCUGCAGAUUUUUUUUAUAUCAGCGUGAGUAAAGUAAUCGGGGCAGAUAGCUUUAACGGUUGGCUCCGCGCUCGAGUGUGGCAGACCGCAAGCAUGACGAGCGCCAACCACUGCGCUCUCCUGCUCCUCUUGCUGAUCCGGACGGCAUUCGCACAAGAUUACGAUGUUACGGACAUUCAGUGCACGUUUGCAAGCACAGGCUCCGGUCUACGCGACUCCGUCACAGCAUUGUUGCGGAAGCCCGAAGGUUUCCGAGGAGCGCCUCUGUUCGCCGACGACCGCGUCACAGACCCCCUGGCAGACCCCAUCUGCCAGAUCAGGCCCGAGCCAGAAGACCCCACAGGCCUCCUUUACAGACUUCGGAUCACCGACUUCACGAGAUGCGGUGUUCUGAAACGGAACGGUUUCGUCCACGUACGGGUGUGGUUUCCUCAGUUCCCAGGCGUGGUGAUGCAAUCUGACCAAGAGCUUAUCAUCAUGUGCAAGCCACCCGAGCCUACCAUCAUCGAGAACAAGGCGGCGGGGUUCGCUGGCAGCUUCCCGCACGGCGCACGCGUGUCCGGCGUGGUGGAGGAGACGCCAGGGCGCCUGGAGUACGAGGUGGCGUUGUACAAGGAGGCGCCGCCCGUGUCGCGCCACUCCAACCACUCGGUCGACUUGCCGGUUGACCAGGUAACGGCUGCGGUUCCAAUAGGGACGAAACUGCAGCUGCGCGCACGAAUCAACCCCGACUCGGCGUGGCGCCAUAUCAAACUGCUGGAGGUGGCCGUGUCUCCGGAUCCUGACCGACCGCACGCGCCUGGCGCCGUGCUACUCGUGAAGGAUGGAUGCCGCAACCGCGACUUCGCGUCGAUCAUCCCGCACCAGCCGGCGCGGUACCGCGAGCGGCACAACGAGGUGUUCCUGGACUUCGAGGCCUUCCUCCUGGCCUCCAUGAAGGAGCGCUCCACCCUCUGGAUCCACUCGCAGAUCAAGGCUUGCAUGGACGCCGCUGACUGCCAGCCGGACUACUGCCUCGACCUGUUCGAACCUUCAGGUAAUUUAGGUCACGGUCGUCGCCGGCGUUCCCUGUCUGACGCGAGCCAGAGCCACAACGUCAGCAGCUCAGCUCUCAGCGCUGACAACGCCACUACACCGUUCACGCGUUUCAAGGAGAACCUGGAGUAUACUGUAGUGAUGCCCGGGGAACUUUUCCAUCGCACGCCUUUAGAGGCCACAUGCGCGACCUCCAUGAUGAUCGCUGUAGCGCUCGGAACGCUGCUCUUUAUGUCCGCCUUGUUGAUGUGUUACCUGGCAACAAAGUUGAACUCCACCAUGCUGAAGAACAACAGCCUGCAGUCUUCAAACGGUAAAGGCUUCGAGCAGAUUCUACGGGAGCUGGCCCACCACUCCUUGCCUGACACCGGCUACACAGGCCGCCCCACCGUGCAGUGAUAUUAAUACUCACACUGUGUAGGCUUAUGUAUAGAUGUUAUUUAAGUAGUUAGGUACAAAAAGACUUCGGUAGGCUAAGUUCUUCCUAUUAUUCAAACGUUUUUUAAUCCCUCUUUAUUUAUAAUGUUCCACGGGUUAGGAUAAACAAACCGUCUAGUUAUGUAUAACUAGACGGUUUUUUGUAUGUGUUUAUUUUUGAUCUGAUUAGUUCUUGAGUAACUAAAAAUAGACCGUAUAGACUUUUUUGUAUAGCGAUAUUACCCAUGGAACAUCAAGUUUAUGUACAGAUGUGGCUAAAAGCGAAGCAUGGCCUGUGGUCAGUCCUAGAACAACUCCAUACCUUCCCGUGGACACAGCUCGAAAUGCAACCGGAAGGUGAAUGAGGUAGACGUAACUCUCUCUACAAGUUUCUUUUAACCAUUAGACCACAACAAAACAGAUAGAGACAUUAGAACAUAGGCACGAGUAGGUUUCGAACCUGAGACCUGUCUGAUCACAGGCGGACGGUCUUACCCACUGGACCACCACCGCUAUACGUACUUUAUGGCUGCUACUUUUUUGGUAUCCACAAGUAUUAUUGUAAAAUAUCGAUGUCUACGUCUAUCUUUACGCAAUAUUUAUCUAAGUAAAAAAAAUUGUUACAACGUACUUAGGUACGGUACGUUGUAACUAUUUUUUUCUGAACAAAGUUCACUUAUAAUGCCUAUACUUGUAAUGUUAAGUACAUUAUAUGUAUAGGUAAUAUAAGUGAAGUACCCACAUAAGUACAUAUAUCUUAAUAUUGAAUCAGCUCAUUAAAGAUAAUUAUGUAAUUAAGUUUACCUUUUUUGCAUAAACAAUGUUAAUUCAUUAGAUAUGUAACUACUUACGUAUUAUUUAUUUUUAGUUAGGUAACUGCUAAGUUAUUUAUAAAUUAUACUUACUUAUGACUGAAAAUUACCGAGUUAUUUAACACGUGACUUAAAAUUUUCAGUCAUGACUAUGCAAAGAUGUAGGUUGUAACUUUUUGGAAAUAAACUGCGAGUACCACCACCUUGUGUACACGAUUACC